GGUUUUGUUAUUGCAGGAAGUGAAGAUGGCGGCUCAGUCUUUGCUCUCCGAGUCUGUGCUCGGAUGGUCUAUUUUCACCUUUAUACUCUUGAUAAUCCUCGUUUUCUGUUGGGUCUACAUUCGGAAGUUUCAGAGUCGUCAAGAGAGUGAAGUUGUGUCAACAAUCACAGCAAUAUGUGCACUGGCCAUUGCUUUGAUAACAUCCGCACUUCUUCCAGUGGAUAUAUUCCUUGUUUCCUUCAUGAAGUUUCCCAAUGGUACCUAUAAGGAAUGGGCUGCAAACAAUGAGACAAGGGGACAGAUUGAAGACACAGUGCUCUAUGGCUAUUACACUCUGUACUCCAUUAUACUAUUCUGUGUCUUCCUAUGGAUCCCCUUUGUGUAUUUCUACUAUGAAGAAAGAGAUGACGACAAUAUGAACAAAUGCUCGCAAGUAAAAAACGCACUGAAGUACACAAUUGGAUUUGCCAUUGUCUGCGUGGUGCUCCUUUUAAUUGGAGCCUUCGUUCCACUUGAAGCCCCACCCAGUCAGAAUUCCACUCAGUGGGAAAAAGUACAGUACCUUUUUGAGGAACUUGGAAGUAGCCAUGGUCUACCUGCUCUGUCGUUCUCCAUCAGCUCCUUGACCUUGAUCGGCAUGCUGGCUGUGAUCACUUACACGGCAUACGGUAUGUCUGUGCUGCCUUUGAAUCUGAUAAAGGGCACGCGCAGUGUGGCGUAUGAACGGCUGGAGAACACAGAGGACAUUGAUGAUGUUGAGCACCAGAUAGAAAAUCUGAAAUCCAAGUGUAAAGAUGGACGUCCGCUGUCCUCUAGAGACAGACACAACCUGCAGGAGCUGGAGGGUAAACUGCAGGUUCUCCGACGCAGGGGUAGACACCUGGAAAUUGCAGAGAGAAACUGCUGCACCAAAGUGGGCAGUGCUCUCAGACCUUUCAAGCAGCAGACAUCCAGCGUUAAGAUAUUGCUGGGGGUUUUCUUUAUUCUGGUGGCACUGCUGUUCACUGUUGCCCUGUUCAUUUCAAAUUUGGAUAAGGCUCUCCACUCAGCUGGAAUCAGCUCUGGGUUCAUAGUCUUUGGCACCAACCUAACCAACCCUCUGAAUGAACUCCUGUUAGCCUUACAACCUGUUUUUCCUUUGGAUUACAUCCUGAUCACAGUCAUCACCAUGUACUUUGUGUUCACAUCCAUGGCCGGGAUUCGCAACAUGGGCAUCUGGUUCUUUUGGAUAAGGCUUUACAAAAUAAGACCUAAGAGAACCCGUCCCCAAGCUCUUCUCUUCCUCUGUAUGAUUCUUCUAUUGAUUGUUCUCCACACCAGCUACAUGAUCUACAGCCUAGCCCCUCAGUAUGUCAUGUAUGGCAGCCAGAAAUAUCUUGUACAGAGCCAGAUGCCCUCAGCAGGUCCUACAUCUGGGAAUGCUACUUUUGGCACUACGAGGAUCUGUGAUGCUGAUGCGCCUGAGGACCAGUGCAUUGUGACAAGAUCUUAUCUUUUCCUGCACAAGUUCUGGUUCUUCAGCACCAUCUACUACUUUGGUAACUGGGCUUUUAUUGCGGCCUUCCUUGUCGGUCUGGUCGUGUCCUGUUGCAGAGGCAAAAAGUCAGUGAUUGAAGGAGAGGUGGAGGCCGAUGACUCAGACGUAAGCGAUGACGAAUACGUCCACUGAAAAUCGCUACUCGCUUGAAUGAGUUUACAAAUAUUCCAACCAUAACUUAAAGGGACUAGAAAGUGUACUUUUAAAGCAAACACGUCGGUAAAUUUGUCAUUGUUAAUUCAUUAGUCUUAGAGAGUUAUCAUGGUGGUUUCUUGUGGAUUCUAGUCCUGUGUAGAGUCGUACAGUAACUGUCCCUCACCUUAAUGAGACCUCGCAGACAGAUUGUUGUGUCUUUCUCAGUCAAUAUUAUUGAUGACUUUGGGAUUCUGGGAGUGUCCUCCAGCUCAAUCCCACCUUGAGAAUUCACUUCUCAACAGUUUGAAACUGACACAAAUUGGUCAUUUUUCUUGGGGAGAAGACACACUUACAGCAGCAGCACAGACAGAGUCGUAUGUUGCUCCAAAACUUUACGUCUAAGCUUCAUAUAGUGACCGAGUUUAGAUUUUUUUUUGGUCUCUAAGCACUUUCUAGACCCUUUAAAUGGUUACUGUAUGACAAUAUCCACAGAUGGCUUUGACACAACCUUAAAGAUGAAGUCCUUAAUAUAAAAACAGUCAAGCAUUCAUGAACAGUUUUGCUUGCUUCAUUCUGAGAUGCUUAUUAGUAGAAUAUUCGUUGACAGUGCUAGCAUUUUGCAAUUUAUUUUGCUUGUUUUUGUCCAAGGUUAAAUAUUAUGCUAGUGGGCUUGAUGUAUUUUUCUUUUUUAAGUCAUUUUCACACCAGACCAUCAUUUGAGCGAAUAUUACAGGACUUGCAUAAAUGCACUGUGUGAAUUGUAAAAGGACCAAUUACAACAGCUGUGUUUUCUGUGUUUCUUUUCUUUUUUGUUUAGCUUGAUUUUUGCUCUUUGUAAUGGAAGAACAAAAGAUGCACCAAAAAACAAUGAAUUUUAGAAGCUGAUGGAAUUUCUUUGAAGCGCUUUAUUAGCGGCGGCCAUGUAACGCAGAACUUUUCUCAUUUCUGUUGGUGCAUUUGCAUUCUAACACGGUACAUGUCAAAUGUAUUGAUGCUACAAUACUGACGUAGAGAUUUAACAGUGCAUACACUGACGUGAAUACACGCUGUAUUUAAUUGAAAAACCAAAUGUUUGUGCCUCAUGAAUGUGUAUAACCAUGAUGGGCGCACGCUAACUGUAGCCUAAAUCACACUUAUAUAACCAACUUGCAUUUUGUAUUUGAGAUGUGAAUUUGCACUAAGAAACGACGGAGCUAAUAGGUGUGUGGUCACAUGAUGACGGCAGAUGGAUGUGUUAAGUCGAAAACAAUAUCACACACAACAAAGGUCAAGUUGUAUCCAGUCCAUGUUGAUUGAUAUGUGUAUUUCAAUAAAUAAAACCACCCGAAAGGUC